AUGACUUUGCCGGAGGAGUUUGAUAUUAUCGUUUGUGGAGGUGGCAGCACUGGCUGCGUCGUUGCUGGCCGGUUGGCCAAUCUGGACCACAACAUCUCGGUGCUGCUGAUUGAGGCGGGCGAGAGCAACCUCAACAACCCAUGGGUCUUCCGGCCGGGUGUGUACCCGCGCAACAUGAAGGUGGAUUCCAAGACGGCCUCGUUCUACGAGUCUCGCCCGUCCAAGUGGCUUGCUGGCCGGAAGGCUGUUGUGCCCUGCGCCAACAUUCUUGGCGGUGGCUCGUCCAUCAACUUUCUGAUGUACACACGGGCUUCGGCAUCUGACUAUGACGACUUCCAGGCCAAGGGCUGGACCACCAAGGAACUUCUCCCGCUCAUGAAGAAGAAUGAGACGUACCAGAGGGCGUGCCAUAACAAGGACGUUCAUGGCUUUGAGGGUCCCAUCAAGGUGUCCUUUGGAAACUACACCUAUCCGAUCAAGGAUGACUUCCUUCGUGCAACCGAGACUCAGGGCAUCCCUUUCACCGACGACCUUGAGGAUCUGAGCACAGGCCAUGGAGCCGAGCACUGGCUCAAGUGGAUCAACCGGGAUACUGGCCGCCGCAGCGACAGUGCCCACGCCUACGUCCACUCGACCCGGGCCAAGCACUCGAACCUGUAUCUUGCCUGCAACACCAAGGUCGACAAGGUCAUCAUCGAGAAUGGCCGUGCCGUCGCUGUCCAGACGGUUCCGACCAAGGCUGUCAACCCCAACGAAGUGGCCACGCGCACCUUUAGGGCCCGCAAGCAGAUCGUUGUCUCUGGUGGCACGCUUUCGUCGCCGCUGAUCCUGCAGCGCUCCGGUGUUGGUGACCCCAAGAAGCUGCGCGAGGCUGGCAUCGAGCCCAUUGUCGACCUUCCGGGUGUCGGUCUUAACUUCCAGGACCACUACCUCACCUUCUCCGUCUUUCGGGCCAAGCCGGGCACCGAAAGCUUCGAUGACUUUGCCCGCGGCGUCCCCGAGGUCCAGAAGAGCGUCUUUGACGAGUGGAAUCUCAAGGGCACCGGCCCGCUGGCCACAAACGGCAUCGAUGCCGGCGUCAAGAUCCGCCCGACAGCCGAGGAGCUUCGUCAGUUCACCUCGUGGCCCACGCCGCACUUCAACAGCGGCUGGGAGACAUAUUUCAAGAACAAGCCUGACAAACCGGUCAUGCACUACUCUAUCAUUGCUGGCUGGUUCGGUGACCACACACUGAUGCCCCCUGGAAACUUCUUCACCAUGUUCCACUUCCUCGAGUACCCCUUCUCGCGCGGCUUCAUCCACGCCAAGUCAGCCAACCCGUACGAAGCGCCUGACUUUGACACCGGCUUCAUGAACGACGAGCGCGAUAUGGCCCCUAUGGUCUGGGGCUACAUCAAGUCGCGCGAGACCGCCCGCCGGAUGGACGCCUAUGCCGGCGAGGUCCAGAACAUGCACCCCUUCUUCGAGUACGACUCGCCCGCCCGCACUCACGACAUGGACCUCGAGACCACCAAACAAAUCGCCCUGGCUGGAAACCUCAGCGCCGGCCUCCAGCACGGCUCCUGGAGCAUCUUCCUGCCCGAGCAUGACCGCAAAGCCGAGCCCAACAUUCUCAGCAGCAACAAGGUCAACCACCGCCAUGACCUCAAGUACUCCACUGAGGACAUCAAGGCCGUCGAGGAAUGGGUCAAGAGACACGUCGAGAGCACAUGGCACUGCCUAGGAACCUGCUCCAUGGCUCCUCGCGAGGGCAACAGCAUCGUCAAGCACGGCGUGCUCGACGACCGCCUGAACGUCCACGGCGUCAAGGGCCUCAAAGUCGCCGAUCUCAGCAUCUGCCCCGACAAUGUCGGCUGCAACACGUACUCCACCGCCCUUCUUAUUGGCGAGAAGGCCGCUAUGCUUGUCGCUGAGGACCUCGGCUACUCCGGUCCGGCUUUGGACAUGAAGGUCCCCGACUACUAUGCGCCCGGCGAGAACCGCCUUGACCACCGCCUCUGA